ACUGUAAAUGGAAAAUUAAAUUUGUCCAAUUGCAGGUGGAUUUACUGGUCUCUUCUCAAUGUUUGGGGCGUACCAGCGGUGGUGUAGGACAACCUCUACGCGAGUACGAUUUUAUGAGAAGAUGUUGGACAUGUGCGGUAUGGUGGAAGACGCAGAUGCACCAAAGGCUGGACGCCAUCGAGAGUUAGAACGGGCCGAAAUAAGGAAGUCUGAAGAGGCAGUUGUCAGUACCAUGACAGCUAUCUGCAAUUUCUCGAACCCGUUUAAGGCUACAAACAAAGAGCACUUGUACAGUUUGGCUUCUGGAGCUCCAGUUCCCCCUGAUGCUGAGCAAGAUGUUCUUCGGGCAGAGGUGGUGGGAAAGGAAGCCAAGCAAAGAUUCAUAGCCGAAAGACUUACACACGGAGCAUCGCCUAUCAAGUUCUUUGACCCGAUACCGAAGUCAAAAUUAAAGUCAAUGGAAGCUUCGAACAAGACAGUGAAACUUACUGCUCCCCAGGGAAAAGUGAUUCAGUAUCAAGAACAGAGCAACAUAGCAUUUAUGCUUUUGGUAAAAGCUCAAUCGUUGAACGAACAGUUGGACCUUGAAGAACUGAUGCGGUUUCCUUUGACUCCCGUACCUCAUAGCCUUGGUACACCUGAUGGGUUCUUUUGCAAGAGCAACAAGGCGGCUUUAAUGAAUGCCAUAUUGCAGGAUGUGCCACAAGCGACAACUCCUUCAGAAUCCACCAUUUACAUCCAAGAUGGUAAUGCUCUCUUUCAUGAGCUUACAAACCUUGCACCAACGUUUGGCGGAAUAUGUCUGCAGAUUCUGGACAUCAUGGUUGCAAGGAAGAACUUUAUUUUUUCGACGGACAGCUACUUCCAGAACUCUACAAAGGCACAGGAGAGAGUGCGCAGAGGCUGCAGUCGAAAAUUCAUCGUUGAUGGACCUGCAACCCGUAGACCAGCGGACUUUAAAGAAUUCCUAUCCAACGAUGACAAUAAGACACAAUUAUGCAAUCUUAUUCUGCGUGUUUGGGGCAGUGAGUCAGCAGCAUCCAGACUAGAUCGAUGUGGAACAGCAGUGGUGGUCGUUGGUGGAAGGGCUUACCAGUUAAAAAAGACAAAUGGUGAUGUGAGAACGGAGGAGAUCUUCAGUUUAGUGUCCAACCAAGAAGAGACAGAUACCAGAGUAGUUUUGCACAUGCACUACGCAUCAACGAUUGGCUACCAGUCAGCUAUUGUGCGUACACCCGACUCUGACUUAUUCUUCAUUACCUUGUUCCAUGCACAGUCUGUACCACUGACAGUUUAUCUCGACGUUGGUACAGGAAAACAGAGACAGGUGGUGAAUAUUAGUGAGCUGGCAGACUCACAAGGUGCUGAAUACAGUGAGACUCUACUAGGACUGCAUGUGUUCACCGGUGAAGAUGUCACAAGUGCAUUUAAGGGCAAGGGAAGGGUCACACCGCUCAGAAAGCUGCAGAGUAAUCCUAAAUACCACAAAACAUUCAGGAUGCUGGGUGAUACUUGGACAGUUGAAGAAGAUGUUAUGCAGAUGUUAGAAGCGUUUGUCUGUGUGAUGUAUGGGUGUCCAAGGGAGAGGUCUGUGAACACAUGUAGGGAAGUUCUUUUGAAGAAAAUGGUAGGAGACGACGAACAGCUGACCAUGAAGUCAAAGGUGGAAUUAUCCAAACUGCCACCUUGCCAGGAUAAUUUAUGCCAACACAUCAGAAGAGUCAACCAUCGUCUCGGCAUCUUGAAAAAUGCUCAUACACCAGUGAUAGAACAUCCGGAACCACAUGCUGAAGGGCAAGGGUGGACCAAAAAGAACGAAGUGUUAGAACCAUUGUGGGCUGAGGGUCCCAUUCUUCCACCAACGUUAGUUGACCUAGUCGAAAAUGUUCAAGCAGAGAUGGAAGAAGAAGAUGAUGAUGGUUGUCUAGAAAUUUCAGUGUCAGAUGAUGAUGAGUGACAUUCAGUAACCGUAAACUUUUGUGGGAGAUUAGUUAUAUCAGUGUAUUUGUAAGAUAUUGUGUUAUGCUGAGUCAACAUCUUACUGAUAUUAAUUACUAUAGUUAUAAUCCGAACGUUUCAGAAAUAGAUUUUGAUCCCCAUGAAUGUAAUUAUAUAAUGCAACUGAGGGUAUUUUCUAUUUUUUUUUUUACAAUGUGUCAACAUUACAUUUAAUUAUUAAAAAGUUCACGUAAAUUGAUAAGUUCCUAAAUCCUCACAAAACGAAAUGAGGAAAAUGUAGUUUGUAUAAUAUCCCUCGCACUAUUAAUACUAAAGUAUACAAACAUGUUAACUAAUGGUCAAAAGCAUCAUUGUGAAUUGUUCGAGAAUAACUGUGUAUCUAUGUAUUUAUUUCAUUGGUGAUUAUUGCCCCACCCACUUUUAGAGAUGGGCAUUGUGAACAGUUAAAUGUGACAUAUUCUGUUGUUUAAGAAUGUCUUAAGAAUGUCUUUUCUUCAUUUUAUUGUUGUAUGUUCACAUUGGACGAUAUAUGGAAGAACAUUUUGAGAGUUACGGUAAAUUAAGAAAUAAGUCGUUCCCGCGAUUAAGAGACAUUUACCAUAAAAAUGUGUUUUUGCCAAUUUUGCUGCAAAACGUUAACCUUAA